AUGGGGGCCCUCCGGCUAGCCCGGGGCCAUGGGGAACAACGCCCGUACAGAAGCAUCAUGGAGGAUCUGCCUAAGCAGACAAAGAGCUUUGCCAUGGCAGAGCUUGCAGUGGAGAAUAGCAGCUGCAUGGACUGGCAGAAACGGUGCCUCGCAUUGGAAACCCAGCUCUUCAAAUUCCGUCUUCAGGCUAGCAAGAUCCGAGAGUUACUAGCUGAGAAGAUGCAGGAGCUGGAGCAGAGAGUAAUCGAGGCAGAGCAGAGGGCUGAGAAUGCAGAGAAACAGGUCAGAGUCAUGGAAGAGAAGGUGAAAUUGGCCAAUAUGAAAACCAGCGAAUCAGAGAGUACCCUAUACAGAAAAUACCAGGAGCUGCUGGGCACAGUGCAAGGAAAGGAUGAUCUGAUCAGCAGACUGGAAACGCAGCUGGAGAAACAGAAGCAGUUGAGGGCUGAGGAAGCUAAAAUUGUUCAAGACAAAGCUGCCAAGAUCAAGGAGUGGGUAACAUUUAAGCUAAGAGAGCUUGAGCUAGAAAAUUACCACCUGAAAAACUGUAAUCAGAGGCUGACAGAGCAAAUUGAAGCCCUUCAAGAUGCAUUACAAGAUUUAACAACCAUCCCUCCUAUUGAAUCUCUUUGGAGCUAUAACCCUUUGGUGCCCAGAAUGCUAUUGUCACCCUUGCUUGAGAAACCAGACCAGAAGUCCGUGCUCCUUGGGCUGGGUGUCAAACAGGAGUGUCCGGGAAGAGCUGCUAAAGGUGUUCCCCCUACACCAGGUAUGAUCCUUGUUGAUGAAGCCUCCAUUGCAGAAGAAGACAAUAAAUCAUUGCCCUCACAGAACAUGCUCAGGGUCAUCCCUGACCCAUCGAACUGGAAGCCCUCUUCAGAGAAAGAUACGUUCCCUACUGUAAUCUCUGACACUAGUUCAGGGAGCCCUGAUCCCACACUACUGGACCUCGCCGUUGAGUCCACAAGUGUCCUUGAAGCCCUGGCUUUCCAGUCUUCCUUGGGGAGAAACCAGAACUCUCUUAGCACCUCAGAUCAGAUGGCAUCAGAGCUGGGAAACUCCUCAGAUGAGCUGAGUGCCAAGUUCCGCUCCCACAGGCUGGACUCCUCUUCCUCUGGGGAGAUGAUGAGUACCCCUGAUGGCUGUCUCCCAACUGCAGAGCCAACACUGGAUUUGCCAUCAUCCGUUACUUCAACACAGCCAAGCUUUCCAGGGAGGGAAUGUGGACUAGGCAAUAGUCUGACUCUCCCAAAAAUCCGGACACCCAGCACCCCAAGAGACAGUAUCCAGCUAGCAAAGAGACAUUACAGCCAACCCCAGCCAGGUGCUGAUCGCUUCCAUCAUGUAAUGAGCAUAGAGGUUGGCACCUUCCAGCCCAUAACAACCUCAACACUCUGUCCUGCACAAGUGGAGGAGACAGACAUUGAUGAUGAUGAGCUGCCAGAGAAGAUGGAGACAGACGGAUGCCCAGUGGGGGAAGAGGCUGGGAUGGGUGUGGAGAUUGAUCAGCAUCCUGGUUCAGGCAAAAAUGAAGCUGGGAAUUCUGAAGCUGGACCACUAGACCCAGGAGGCAAACCUCCUACUCCACCACUGCACAGAUUCCCAUCCUGGGAGAAUCGGAUCUAUGCAGUAGCCAAGUCUGGCAUGAGACUAUCGGAGGUGGCCCUUGGGACUGACUCUCCCAGCUGGAUUUCGAAUUUUCCAUCAUAUUCAGCUUCUGGGCCAUUCACUUGCCUUAUCUACAGAAAUGUCACGGUUCCAGUCUACACUACGCUGAAGGGGAAAGCCACCCAGAUCAGCAACGUUCCUUUCUUAGAUGAGUCCUCAGGCUCUGAUGAUGACUGCAGCUCCCAUGCCAGCUUCAGGACCUCCAAUGGUGGAUCUGAGAUCAGAAAGACCAGCAUGCCAGGCAGCCCUCGUGCUGUGAAACGAGGUGUCUCUAUGUCCUCGCUGAGCUCAGAGAGUGAUUAUGCCAUUCCUCCUGAUGCCUACUCCCUGGAUGGUGACUAUUCAGAGCCAGAGCACAAGUUGCAGCGGACAUCUUCCUAUUCCACUGAUGGUGGAGUCUGCAGUGAGCCCAUGGAGAAAUCAGGCUAUUUGCUGAAAAUGGGCAGCCAGGUGAAGACAUGGAAGAGACGUUGGUUUGUUCUGAGAAAUGGACAAAUCAUGUACUACAAGUCUCCGAGCGAUGUUAUCCGCAAGCCUCAGGGGCAGGUUGAGCUGAAUUCUUCUUGCCAGAUCAUUCGGGGUGAAGGGUCCCAGACGUUUCAGCUCAUCACUGAAAAGAGGACCUACUUCCUGACAGCAGACUCUCCCAACAUCCUGGAAGAAUGGAUCCGUGUUCUGCAGAGCGUUCUCAAGGUGCAGGUGACCAGCUCUGCUGCUGUCCCUCAGAAUGAUGCCAAACCCACUGUGAAAGGCUGGCUCACCAAGGUGAAGCAUGGUCACUCUAAGUUGGUUUGGUGCGCACUGAUUGGGAAAACCUUUUACUACUAUCGAAAUAAUGAGGACAAGUGUCCUCUGGGGCAUUUGCACAUACGCAAGUCAAAAGUGGAGGAGGUGGACCGUUCCUGUGACUCGGAUGAAGAUUAUGAAGCCACUGCAGGGGGUCUCCUCUCAUCCCAUUUCACCCUGGUGAUUCACCCGCAGGAUCAGAGUCCCACCUACUUACUCAUUGGUACCAAACACGAGAAGGAUACAUGGCUGUACCAUCUGACAGUAGCAGCUGGCAGCAUCAGUGCCAAGGUGGGCACAGCAUAUGAACAGCUAAUUGGAAAAUUACUGGAUGCAGAGGGAGACCCACAAUCUCCUUUGUGGAAACACCCCAUGCUGUGCUACAGUAAGGAUGGACUGCACAGCUCACUCACUACUCUGCCAUCAGAGGCGAUGCAGACAGAAGCCCUCAAGCUCUUCAAGUCCUGUCAGCUGUUCAUCAAUGUCCCUGUGGAGGCUCCAUCUAUUGAUUACCAUGUGUCACUUGCCCAGACAGCGUUGCAAGUCUGUCUGACACAUACUGAGCUACAGAAUGAAAUCUACUGCCAACUGGUUAAACAGACUAGCUGCCGGCAGCCCCAGAACCACUCAGUCAUUCAGUGCUGGCAGCUCCUGGCUUUGUGUGCUCCUCUCUUUCUUCCUCAGCACCACUUCCUCUGGUAUAUCAAACAACACCUGCAGCGGCAUGCAGACUCCAGGAGUGAAAUAGGCAAGUAUGCCAUUUACUGUCAGAGGUCUGUGGAGCGCACGUUGCACACUGGAGAGCGGGAAGCCAAGCCUUCGCGAAUGGAGAUUGUGUCCAUUUUGUUGCGGAAUCCCUUCCACCAUUCACUCCCCUUCAGCAUUCCAGUGCACUUCAUGAAUGGAACCUACCAGGUCGUGGGUUUUGAUGGUUCCUCAACAGUGGAUGAGUUCCUCCAGCGGCUGAACCAGGAGACAGGAAUGAGGAAACCAUCCCACACUGGGUUUUCCCUCUUCACAGAUGAUCCUUCUGGCAGGGAUCUGGAGCACUGCCUGCAGGGCAAUGUGAAGAUCUGUGAUGUUAUUUCAAAAUGGGAACAAGCCUUGAAAGAACUGCAUCCUGGGAAAUAUGAAGGUAGCACAAGAAUAGUGAAGCUGACCUAUAAAAGCAGAUUGUAUUUUCGAAACCAGGCAAAAGGUGAGACAGAUAGAGAGCGGUUGCUGCUGGCCUUCCAGGUCAGCAGUGAAAUAGCCCGUGGGAGGUUCCCUGUCAAUAAGGAGCUGGCUCUGGAAAUGGUGGCUUUGAUGGCUCAGGUGGAAUAUGGAGACUUGGAUCGACCAGUAUCUUCAAGCCCUGGGGGGACACCACAGUCCAAAAUGCAACAUCUUCUCCAACAGAUCUUGGAGAAAUUCUAUCCCAAACGUUACAAACAAAACAUUACCCCUGAGCAUCUCAGGCAGUUGGCUGACAGGCUGGCUACAAAGUGGAUGGUGCUGCAGGGAUGCUCUCCACUAGAAUGCAUUAGAAUUUAUUUGACAGUGGCCCGGAAAUGGCCUCUCUUUGGAGCCAAGGUAUUUGCUGCGAAGCCUGUCCUGCCUUCUCCCUUGGAAGAUUGUCCAGUUUGGAUAGCUGUGAAUGAAGACGGCAUUAGCAUACUGGAUUACAACACUAUGCACUUAAAGCUAUCUUAUGCAUACCCAUCUGUGCUGACCUUUGGAGGCUGUCGGGAUGACUUCAUGAUUGUAGUCAGUCAGGGGAAGGAUAGGAGUUCUGGGAAAAACAGCACUGAAAAACUACUUUUCACAAUGGCAGCUCCGAAGAUUGUUGAGGUGACUCUUCUAAUUGCCAGCUAUAUUAACUACUGUGCACUGACUCCCCUCCUGUCUCCUGCACCUCCUUCUCUGAGCAUCAUCUCGCCUAUGAGCACAACGCCAACUAAAAAGCUCUGGGAGGCUCAAAGCCAGUGUUUCUUUCCUUCCAUGCCCCGUACUACCAAGGGGCCUACACUGCUCUGA